ACGCCACCCCCAUUCCCCUCCCCUUCCUCCCCGCUGUCGACGGCCUCACGGCUAUAUAACCGAGCCAAAUCAGAAAGCACCUAGCCGGUAGCCACACACACACGCACACACACGCACACACGCACCCACGAGCACGCCAUGCCGCCCACCAUGCUCGCGCCGGUGCCCACGAGGCCGCGCUCCCACCCCUUCCGCCGCCGGAGGGACGCGGCUACUCCGCUCCCAGACCAGAUCGCGGCGGCGAUGGCGGGGAAGCGGCCCGCGGAGUCCUCCACAUCGGCCUCCUCCUCCUUCCGCAGCGAGGUCGUCUCCACCACCACCGCCACCUCCUCCGCCGCCCUCGCCGCGUCGCAGCGCCCGGAGAAGAGGCCCCGGCGCCAGGACUCGGGCGACGCGCGGCCCGCCGCCUCCGAGUGCUCGGAGGUCAUCGGCGGCGCCACGGCGCGCCCCGCGGAGGUCGAGGCCUCCGAGUCGUCCUGCCUCCGCUCCGUCCUCCAGCCCGACCUCGCCUGCCCCGAGCUGCUCGCCGACGAUGCCGAGGCGACGGAGUACUCUUCGGCCUGCGACGAGCUCACGCAGUCCGACGCGGAGGAGGAGGUGCUCAGUGCUCCCAGCCCCUGCACCGACUACUCCCUCAGCCCCCUGCUCGACACCUCCUCUUCCUCCUCCGAGGAGGAGGAGGAAGACGACGACGACGCCCCCCCUUCCUACACCCUCUCCCUCUUCCUCGACUACGCCAAGCAGUUCGUCCCCUGUGUGCAACACAAGGCGCACGCCGUCGCCGACGCCGUCCCCAUCCCAGAGUGGAAGCAGUUCGAUGACUUGGAGGACGAGGAGAGCUACGAGCAGUUCCGGCGGCGCGAACGGCGGGGAGUGGUGGCGUGCGACUACACAGAGGUGUACGCCUCCAUGUCAGGCAACUGUGGCCGUCACGUCGUGGAGCAGCGUUCUGUCAUGGUGAACUGGAUCAUCGAGCAUGGGCAUGUGACAGAGCUGCAGCCAGAGACAUUGUUCCUGGGAAUUGGACUGAUGGACCGCUUCUUGACACGUGGAUACCUAAAGGGCUCUAGGAAUGUGCAGUUGCUGGGCAUUGCCUGCAUCACCCUAGCCACCCGCAUUGAAGAGAACCAGCCAUACAAUAGCAUCAUGCAGAAGUCUUUCACGGUAGGGAUCAACCUUUACAGCCGGAGCGAGGUCGUCGCCAUGGAGUGGCUGGUUCAGGAGGUCCUAGAUUUCCAAUGCUUCGUCAUGACAGUCCACAAUUUUCUCUGGUUCUAUCUGAAGGCUGCAAAAGCAGACGACAAAGUGGAGGAUCUGGCCAAGCACCUGGCCCUGCUCACACUUCUGGACCAUAAGCACCUCUCCUACUGGCCCUCGACCGUUGCAGCCUCGGUGGUGGCCCUUGCCUGCCUUGCCACUGACAAGGAGUCCUCGUGCCAUCGGGUAAUGGAGACUCACUCGAGGACGAAGGACGAUGAUCUGCCUGAAUGUUUAAUGAGUCUGGAGUGGCUGAUAAACUAUGCUUCGUAGCACCCAGGGCUCCCAGGUUGAACAUUCUAUCUAAUCUUCUGCUGAUCAACAGUACAGCGUAGCACAGCCAUUUAGCAACAACGGGAGAGUGUACAUGCCAUUAGUUUGCACAGCGGGAUAAAAUAAAUGAGGACACGGCAACAUGUUUAUCGCUGUAAAGGGGAAGAUCGUAACUGCAGAAUUUCGUACUGAGGUGGUAACUACAGCCUAUAGGGAGAGCUGUUGUGGUCAUGUGUCUUUUCCAUCGUCAGUUAGCUCUUUGUGGUCAAUUAUAAGGUUGGAUGUUGUUGUAUUCCUCGACUGCCUUUUCUUUUUUGGAUCAGUGGUAUAUUGUUUAAAAUGGAUCUACGGCUCAGUAAAAAUGCUCUUGUUUACUGUCAGUGUACAAAUGGUACUUUUUUGCCAGGUUAUGGUUGCCAUUAUGGCUCUUGAGAACCGAAGGUCUCGGAUUUCAGUUUUUGGGAUGAACGGGAUGAUGCCCUCAAGCAGAUGUGUAUGUCUUAAGGUCGAUAAGGAGAUGUGCUUGUCCUGAAGAUCGCCGAGACAAAGAAAAUGCCCAGUUUGACUAAUGGACAUUCCAGCUCGUUUCCACCACCUGAUCCAGCGAUGAUGGCAAUGGCAGUGGCAUCGGUCCGCGGUCCGCCGCCAAAAACUUCAUCAAGCAACCAUAGCACGGAUAUUCACACCAUUUGCCAUUGUCACCGGCGUUGACACCGUGCGCCAUCUCUGCAAAAACCACACCACAGUAGAGAAUCUGCGCUGCCCACCACUACACACGGUCUCCAUGCCUCAACCACCCAAAUCAGGGCAACAAAGAGACAAAGAAGCGACAACUGCAACACUACGGCUCCCUCCAGCCAAGACCAUCUCCAAAAUGAUGCCCCCAAAAGGGUACGCGGCACAUGUGACGUCAUCGUAUGCCCCGGAAAACUACAGAGGAGGAAAAACCUUCAGCGAGACGAGAGAUAUUCUCACGGGAUAUAGCGGCGACUGAAAAUUUAAUGUAC